UUUAUCUUUUCAUUUCAAGGCAAGAUCGGUGAUUUUGGGUUCACCAUGAUGGGUGGUCGUGGUGAUAUUGAUGAUCCUGAUGACUAUGGUGAUCCAGGGAUAUACGUUGAGGAAGUAACCCCAGGAUCUUCUGUAGAAAGAAGCAUGGAGGCAGGAGAUCAGAUACUCAAAAUAGGCAAUGUACCUGUGUUGGACGUUCCUCUCUACGUGGCUUUAAACUUGAUACGAGCAGCUGACGAGCGAAUUGUCAUUCACAUUUUAAAACACCCUGAUAAUAUGAUGUUACAAAUACCAGAAGACUCUGAUGACAGCGGUCCUAACCUUGAAGACGAGGUGGAAGAUGAAGUAGGAGAACUUGCAGAAGUUAGCUCGACUAUGUCUAAGUUUUCCAAGGCUUCAAAGGGGUCAAAAUCAUCAAAAGUUUCAAACUCGACAGUUGUGAUGAUGGAUGAGACAGAUAUGGGAGAAGAGGUUGAAGUGGGCUUUAUGAGCGGAAGACCAGGUCACCUGGAUGACUUAGACUUUGAGUUUGCUGGAGGUAAAGACCAACCUUUCCUACCCAAGAAUGGCGGGAUAUUCAUUACCAGGGUUAAGUUUGGUAGUAUCUUAGAAGAAGCGAUAGUCCCAGGAGACAGGAUAAUCAAGGUAGAUGGGGUUAACGUGACAAAUGCUACGCAAGGAAAAGUAAUGGAUUUAAUCAAAUUUGCUGAUAGAAGGGUUCUGCUGCAUAUCAAGAAAGUUAGUCAUGACCAGCUGGAGAAAAAAAACUCAUCAAACGUAAGCCAAAAAUUUGACGCAGAAAAGCUGGAAGAAUACGCUAAUGCUUUUGAGGGGUACUGUAAAGGAACGAAUCAAAAAAUCGAAGCAUCAGUACUACCAAGACUAUGCCGAGCCCUUGGGUUCAACUUAACUGCAAAGGACGUGGAGUACAUGGCGACAGCCAAUCACAACGGCACAGGCAGAAUCACAUUUCCCGAAUUUCUGCAGAUGAUAACAUAUAUUUCAUCCCAUCAACAAAARGACGCCGAUAUUUUAGAGGCAUUUGGCGUAUUUGACCCAGAAGGACAGGGUUAUUUUUCUGUCAAUGAACUUAAAGAAGCUUUCCAGCUAAUGCCUGGAUACACAUCCAUUUCUGAAGAUGAAAUGGAGAACAUUUUGAAAAUAGCUGACUCUAACAAUGAUGGCAAAGUCUAUUACCAAGAUUUCAAGGACUUAGUUCUUCCCAUUUUUCAUCGGUACUGAUCAACUACUAUUCAUAGAAUAAACAACACGACUUCCUAUAAUAAACUCAAUAUGAAAGUCACAACACAGCGCCUAAAAAAAGUCAAUAAUGUGUGUCACAUUUCAAAUCAGUAAAACUUUUCAACCAAACUGUAGCUUGAGGAUGCUCACAGCAGGUGAAACUGUAACUGGUAAGACAUCUCAAGUCCAUCAUAGYURUCAAGCGGUUUAAACAWGUAAAAUGUAUUUACCAAUAAUCCUUGCCGGUCUCAGCUUCGUAUCUUYCAGGUUACUAACGUUUUUGAAAUAAAAAGGUUGAUUGCCAAUCUACUUAUACAGAAA